AUGGUUGUUGAAGUUGAAAUCGUUAUGAACAUAAUCGACGGUCUUAAAGAAUUGGUCAAUUUGUUCUUUUAUGCUGGACGUCUUCUGUUUUUGUUUGUGAAUGAUUUCUUCAAUACUCCUUGGAAAUUCGACGAGCCAGGAAAGGAAAUAGUUCGAAAAAGGGGUUCAGAUGCACGAGGAGGUGGUGGAAGUAUUAUCGAAAAGAAAUCUAAUGAUAGUGGACCUGGGGGAUUUUCGGAAAUGCUUAAAUUGGAAGGAGAUGUUCCCCCUUCACUGCGCUUCUCUUCCCGCGCUCCACGGCCUGAUCAACCCGGAGAUAAUCUAAAAAGUACAGGCAAUGUUGCAGCUGAUGACCCAUUCUUCAACGUUACUUCUUUGCCUACAGCGCCAACUCCUGGAGUGCCCAGAGGGGAGCAUGCGCACAAAUAUUCGCAGGAAUAUGAGACGUUGGCCUCAUUGGAUACGAGCACGUUGUUCCCCGAGAAAACAGAGGAGAAGAAAGAUAAUUAG